ACAAUUUUAUUAAAAACAAAUUUAAAAAUGGAUAAAACUGAGUGUUCUGUUGUUAUAUGUGAAAUUGCUGAUGAGUGCUUUAACGACAUCGACGAUGAGGACCAACAACUAACGUUUAUUCAUGCAAAGAAGCGCUGGAAGCUAAGAGGGUGUUUUUCACAGAAUGCAACUGCGCUGGUCAGAAUUAUGGGAGAGUUUAGGAAUGGGCGCUCUAAGAAAUUUUGCUUACAAGCAUUGCCGGCUGAAGAGCCUGAUAAGCUUAUGCUCGUUUUGCUGCAAAAGGAAUUUGCAAUUGGAUAUGCCGCGAGUGCCAGGGACAUGGAAUUUGCAGCAGAGCUGCUGCCAUUGAUAUUCAGCAACUACACAGCCAGCUUAGAGUUUGAAGUUGAGCGGGCACAAUGUCAACAAAAGCGCGAGCUUAAAAGCUAUGUUACCACACAUUUAUACAAUUCCUUAUAUGAGAAGCAUCAAUCGCUGCUCAAUAAUGAGCCUAACUCCCUAAAUCUGCAAAAUAAUUUUACUUCCAAGUUGAGAAAAUAUCAAGAGCACACAGUGAAUUGGAUGCUGAUGCGCGAGAAAGAAUCAAAUGAUUUUCCCGCCGAAUGUACACUACUCACCACAUUAGACGGCAAGCACAAAGUCAUAAAAAACAACUACAGCCUGCACUUUUAUGCCUAUGAAGACACAAUUCCCAGUAUUAAGCUGCCGCCGGGCGGUAUUUUGGCUGAUGAGAUGGGUCUGGGUAAAACCGUCGAGUUGCUGGCUACCGUGUUGCUGAAUCCACGUUGGUUCAUAGACCGCAGUACGUGGUAUAAAAUAUUGGACAACUUACCAGAUGAGGUACCACACAAGAAACGCCGCACGACAUACAAGUUGAUGUGCAUAUGCAUGAAAGAUGACAAGUCACUUGAAGAGAUACAGUGCCAACGUUGUCAACUUUGGCAGCAUUCAAUCUGCAUGCGCGCCUGUGACAAGCCCACCGAUGACUAUAUCUGCCCCAUGUGCUGGACUGAGCAGCCGAGCUCGCUUUUACUUGAAACUGGCGCCACUAUUAUAGUUUCGCCCAAUCCGAUUAUGUUGCAAUGGCUUGAUGAAAUCAAGAAGCACAUAAAUCCAAGUCCGAAGGUGAUGCUAUAUUCAGGCUUAAGCCGAUAUUGGACAAGUCCUAGGGAGUUAGCGAACUGCGAUAUUGUGUUGACUGAUUACAAUAUACUUACGCAGGAACUGAAUCAUGCGCUUCCAAACCAAGAACGCGAGCUGCGUCAUGAACAGCGUUACAUGCGACCCAAGUCGCCGCUGCUAAUGCUCAACUGGUGGCGUGUGUGUCUGGACGAGGCGCAAAUGGUCGAGAGCAGUACAUCAAAGGCUGCGGAAAUGGUGCGUCAGCUGCACGGCGUUAAUCGUUGGGCCGUCACAGGCACACCCAUACAGCAUACCAUUGACGAUCUGGCGCCGCUGUUACAGUUUGUGGGCUUCAGUGAAGCCUGCCAGCCCCGGGAUACCUGGCAAACGGUGGCCAACUCGUUUCUGCUCAAUCAUAAGCCCGAACCUUUGGUCCAAAUGCUGCAGCAUGUUAUGUGGCGCACUUGCAAGUCUAAUGUGGAGCAUGAGCUAGGCAUACCGCCGCAAACGGAGCAGGUGCACCAGCUGGAGUUGAGCAAUGUGGAGUCGCUGUACUAUCGCGAGGAGCAUGACAAAUGUACACAUCUCUUUAUAGCGGCAGUGGCCAAGCAUAUGAAAUAUAGUUCCAGUAACAGCAGCAACAGCUUGGCGUCCAUAUCACCGCAGCUUGUAAAGAAGAUACUGCAGCCGUUUCUACGCAUACGCAAAAGCUGUUCCAUACCUGUGGUGCUCAACAAGAAUGUGUCCACAGUGACCUAUUUAAAUCCGCAGGAAUUACUAGCGCAUUUGACGAGCAACAAUGAGCAACAAUGCAAGACCGAGUUGCGCUCCUGGGCCUCAUCCCUCAAUGGCAUCGCCUCCGUUGAUUUCAUACGUAAAAACUAUGCGGAUGCCAUUUUCAACUAUAAGCUGGUGCUAAAGCUGGCGGCGGACUACAAUACGCCAAACAUAACUGUAGACAGCGUGCUGCAAAUACAUGCUUUGCAUAAUAUGCUGGAGGCCUCGAGGUGGGCGCCGGUGGAUGAGGAGCUGACUGACGAUGAAGUUAGCACAUAUCGUCAAAAGUUGCAGUCACUUGAACGCAAAUACUUGCAGGAAAUUGUGAACAUAAUGGAGCAAGUCUAUAAGGACUAUUCGCAGAAUAUUAAAAAAUUGAAGAAAUUGGAGCAAGAUUUCAGUGGAAGUAUACUAGAUUUAUUUUCCACGCUCGUCAGCACCAGCACCAACAUUCACACUGCCAUGUGGAAUAAAAUAACCGAUGAAUUCUUCAAACACAAUAUUAGUUCAGAAAAGCUGCAGAACGCAAACUCCAUGUCAGGUGUGCUUUAUCUAGUAAGCAAUUGGCAUAAACGCUUGCGAAAGUUGAAUAAGAUUUUGCGUACGGAUAUUAAAAAAUUAAAAAGCAGAAUAACUGAGGCACUUGACACUUUGAAAAGAGGCUCUCCUUUGCUAGAAGAUUUUAAUUUUUUUGUAAAAAAUGUUUCUUUAUGCCACUUGUCGGAUAUUUUGAAUGACAAGCCACCCGACCCUGAAGAGCUCCCAAAAGUACGUUUUUGUCCGUUGUGCAAGCUACAAGAAGUUCUAAAUCAAGUUGAAUGUCUACUGUUUGCCAAGCAAUUAAAUAAGGAUAAUCCCAUAACAGAUGGCUUGGAUAUGCCCAGCGAUGAAAUACUGAUUAUUAAAACGGUGUUUGGAUUUUUGCGUACUCGCAGCGAAUUUAGCGAAUGGAAGGCUGAGUGUCAAAGUAAAUUGGAAUGGUUGGGGACCAUGCAGACUCUGAUUAAGCUGCAAUUUAAAUAUUGGAUUGAGGCGGAAUAUGUGAUCAAAGCAUUCGAUGAGCUCGAUAUGUGUAAAAUGCGCAUACGGCUUACACAUAAUCCCGAUGAACAAUCCAACUAUUGUCUAUUGCCUCAUCAGCUUGAUGAACAACUGGAAUUCAAUGAGAACAACAUUAAAGAAGCGCAAGUGAACUUUGUACGCUUGUCCGGCCGUCUAAAGUAUUUAAACCAUCUAAGCGAAGACACCAGCGAUAAGCCCUGUCCGAUUUGCCAUACUUUGGAUGAUGAGCGUUAUGUUAUGCUGUCCUGCGGUCAUUUUCUAUGCCAACUAUGUCUGGACGGCAUGAGAAAGGGAAAGUACGAGUCCCAAACGAUUUGUCCUUUAUGCCGACAGACUUCACCGCAAUUGUAUUAUUCCAUACGCAGAGGCUUAAAUAAUUCUAUAGUUGUAGGCAACUAUUCUACAAAGAUUGCAUAUAUCGUUGAACUCGUGCUAAAGCUCAAAGCUGAAGAUGAAAAUGUGAAAAUAUUAAUCUUCUCACAGUGGCAGUUUAUAUUAGAUCGUGUUGCCAAAGCUCUGUUGGAAAACAACGUUAAAAUUUGUUCGAAUAUUCGAAAUAAGAAGGUUGAUUACUUUAAGAGCGCUGAAAGCGGACAAACGUGCCUGUUAAUGCCUAUGUCACGUGGUUCCAAGGGCUUGAAUCUGAUUGAGGCCACACAUGUGUUCCUGGUUGAGCCCAUACUUACGCCAGGAGAUGAGCUACAAGCUAUUGGACGUGUGCAUCGCUUUGGACAGACAAAAGCCACAACAGUUCAUCGCUUCAUAGUCAAUGGAACUAUUGAAGAAAAUAUUUUGAAGCUUAUUAAAUCGGCUGAUGAUAAGUCCACUUUCGCUACACACUGGGAUCUUGAUAAUAUGACAUUCGAUAGCCUAAAAGAACUAUUUAUACUUAAGGAGAAAGACGAGGAAUCGACAUAGAUUUACGUAUAUAUUGAAAUGAAUAUGCAUUUAAAAUACAUGCACGUUCGACAAUUGGACGGCUACUAAAUGUUGUGUAAAUGAAGCUUAUUCCUGUGUUAUCUGUGCAUCUAACCAGACUAAAAGAAAUCC